CCCUCCGUGCUGAUCGCAGUCUUGAGGACUUGCUAGUGAAUCGGGAGAAAUAAACAGACACUGAGCAGAGGGGAAAAAUAAUACAGGGAGAGAUAGCGUGCGAGAAUUUAAGACAUCUCCCCUCCCCCCCUACCCCUCACUAUCUCUCCAUCUUCAUUCCUCGUCUUUUCUUUAAUGGAAAGAAAUUAUCCUGGUACAGGGUUCGGUGAUUUGGGCGCUGGUACGGGAUGGAGUUACGAGAGAUCGGCCAAGGCAAGCCUGGUGUAUGGGAGUUCUAGGUCCUCCCAUCCGGACUCAGAGCUGCUCCAUCGCCAGGCUUAUGGCACACCCCACCCUCUGCAGGGCUACACAACCAAUCACCAUCCUGGCAGCUCUGGACAGGGCGGGGCAUGGGGGGCUGGGCGGAGUCUAGGCUUAUCUGGGCUGUUUGAUACUGGGCUACACCAUGCCAGUCCCUCUGGUCCAGACCCAUCUGUCAUGAACUUGAUUUCAGCACUAGAGUCCCAGGGUCGGCAGCCACCCCCCUCAGCCUCCUCCCUCCUCUCCCAGUUCCGAACACCCUCCUGGCAGACUGCGAUGCACACUCAGCCAGAGCUCUUCAUCGGGUCUGGCUCCUUCCCCUCCUCCUCCCUCUCGGCCUACCAGCACCCAGCCUCCUUUUCCGGGCGGUCCUUCCCUGGCUCCUCGCUCUCCCUCCAGGACUCCCCCACCUUCAGCCCCACGUCCAACGGCCUCCUGUCCCCCCACGACCCCCUGCUGCACAUCAAGACACCCUCCCAGUCCAGCCUUGGCUUCGACCGCCUACUCUCCUCGCAGGGCGCCGCCUACCGAGGGUCACAGGACCCCACAGGCCCCCGCAAACCUCCUCCUUCAGGCCGCCAUCUACCCCCUCCCCAGUUUAACCUGCUGUCCUCCCAGCUCCAGGACCAGUCUUCCCAGUUGUACAACGCCUCUGUGUUCUCAUCGGCACCAGCCCCCCCGCCAACCCAGGAAAGGGCCAUCCCACGGCAGGACAGCGUGAUCAAGCACUACCAGCGCUCCUCUCCGGCUCAGUCGCAGCUCUCCUCCUCAGCCCCCCAUCCCCUGCAGCACUACCUCAGCUGUGGGGCAUCGGGGUACCAGCAGAUUUCCCACCACCGGCAUGGAGGGGUGUCCUGCAGUCCGCUGGGGGAGCAGAGCCCUUCAGCAGACCCCAAACCCUCCCCCCGUUCAGACCAAGUGUACCACCCCAUCAUCCAGACCCCGUACACCUCCUCAGCCGCCUCCUCGUCAGGGUCAGGUGGAAGUCUAGGGAAAGGGGCUAAGAACUCCAGCUCCAGUAGUGGCUACUCCUCCUCGGGCUCCUCGUCGUCCCGAACUCCCCACACCCCACCCUCAGCCUCCUCCACCUCCUCGUCCUCCUCAAACUCCAAUGCUAACCCUUCCUCCAGCUCUUCGUCUGCCCCCUCCAGACAGCAGCCCCCAACUCAGUCGGCGCCCCCUCCCCCCCCAGUCUCAUCCGCCCCAGCCCAGCAGCCUCCUCCUAAACCCUGCCUGUCAGCAUAUGGCUCCCCUGUGGCCCCCGUCAAGCCCACCGCAGGCCUCCCUGGACAGACACCUCCCCAGCAGCAGUCAUACUCACCCAGCCAGCCCCCUCCCUCACACUCCCACCAGCCCUAUGGGGGCUUCAGCUCCCCCCAGGCCCAGGACCUGACCUCUGGCCCUGGGAGUUCUGGGAAAGGGUAUGGAGGACUAGGGCCAGGAGGCCGCUCCUUCUCUGCCGAGGUGGUCUACGGGACGGACUCAGGAUACAGCUCGCUGCCUACCUCCCUUGGGGGAGCAGGCAGUCCCUCGUUGGGAUACGGUGGCCCAAGGCACUCCCCUGCCCUCCUGGGGUCUGGAGGGGGUGGAGGGUCAGCCGGCAGCGGGGCAGGGUCCGGGGCUGGUAGAGGUGGAUCAGGAGUUGGGGGUGCAGGAUCAGGUGGUAGCAGAUCAUACCACCUCCCUGACUCCAGCCCUUCUCCCUCCAGCAUCAUUCGACCUGGGCUGCACUCUCCUGCUCCCGCCCGUCCUGCUCAGUCCCCCGGGGGAAACAAAUACCUCUCCUCCGUCCUCUCCCCUGCCUUCCUGUCCUCUCCGCAGGGCUACCCCGACACCCGAGGCCCCCAGCCUCAGUCCUACCACCCCACGCCCCCCAAGCCCAAGCCAGACACUGACAUGCUGGGAGUAGAGCGCUCCCAAGACGAGGAAGAUGACGAGGACUUCCUGAUCCAGCACUUGCUGCAUGCCCAGAGCCCUGCAUCCCACCCGUCCCAGCACCACCCCCAGCAGCAGCCGCCCCAGUCCAUCACUCAGGCCAGGGAUGGGGGCAAAGGUCUGGCCUACGACCUGAACAAGGCCUCAGAGGAGCGCUACCACCUCCAGAGCGUCAUCCGCACCAACAGCGCCACCAACAGCAUGGUUCCCGGUACUGCAGGUAACGUCAGCGGAGGUGGCCUGGAGAGCCAGCUGGAGAUGUCUCUGAAGAAACAGCAGCAGCAGGCCAAGAACGAACAAGGGCUGUCUGGAGCAGGGGCCAGCGGAGGAAGAGGGGGGGCAGACUCCCUCUCACAUCCCAACCCUCACGUCUCCUAUCCGCAGCAACACGACUCCCUCGGCUCAGUUGUGCAAUACGGCAGGGGCGACCCUUACUCCCAACACCCUCACUCCCAGCACCCCCACCAUCCCUCGCAGGUCCCCUCACAUCCCCAACACACCCAGCACUCUCAACAUGCCCACCCCCACUCCCACAUCCACCCUCACAUGGAGCUCAAAAAGCCUCCCGACCCGUCAGAGCUGCCAUACCUGCGGAAGACACCCGAACUGCAGCAGCAGGCUCGACAGCCCCAAUCCUCCCUUUCCCUCAUGGACUCCCCCCCAAACCAGCCCCAGCAGCCUCCCUCUGCCCACAUGCUCCAGUCUGUUCUGUCCCACACUACCCGCAACAAGAUGGACACCCAGCAAGCUGCUUCUCAGCAGCAGCAGCACUCCAUGAGUCAGCAGGCCAUGAUGGGGGCAGGUGGAGAGGCAGAGCCUGGGGGACAAGUGGGCGUGGAUCCCCAGCCCCAGGCUCAAUCCCAGCUGCAGCUCCAACUCCAGUCACAGGCUAUGGAGGCCCACUAUGGCCAGAGCCAAGCCAGCCAGAACUCGGUUUCUCCUCUGGACAUGCUGGAGCGCACCCUGUCUCGGGCCAACAGUAGAGACAGUGGAGGGGCCGCGGAUAGAAGUGGGGUGGGGGGAGGAGAUGGGGGCAGUAGUGACGGACACAGACAACAACAGCAGCAGCACAGGCUUCCGUCUCAUCACCACUCCCAACAAACAGCCUCCAAGCUUCACAACUUCCUCUCCGAGCCAGACCUGGGCAUAACCACACCCUCCCACCUGCACCACCUCAACCCACACCACCCCCACGUCCAUCACCAACAGCAGACCCACCCGCACCACCCCCUCCCGCACAUCCAUGCCCACCACCACUCCCACCACCUGGAGACCAACGCAGGGCCCCAGCAGCAGCCUCUGUCCCAUCAGAGGGACCAGGAGCCCCAGCUCUGCCAAUCCCAGUUGGACCAGCUCAAAGAGCACCAGUUUGACACUGUGAGCCCCGUGGGGAAAGCGGGCCAGAACCAAGGUCAGCAGCAGCAGCACAGGUUUGUGCCUCUGACCUCCAUCUGUUUCCCAGACUCCCUCUUACAGGAUGAGGAUCGCUCCUUCUUUCCCGGCAUGGAGGAUAUGUUCUGCUCUGACGACUACUCCAAGUCGAGCUGCGCCGGGGGUCCCGGGGCAGGCCAAGGGGUCCAGGAAGGUAUGUCUGAGGCACCUGGACAGGGACCAGACAGCAUGGAGGACGUCAAGACCAGUGAUGGAAGAGGUGUGUAUGAUGUGAUGGGUCACCAUGGCGACCAUGGUUACGGGUACUGCCACGGCCUCACGGAAACAGAAAACAGCACCAUACAUCUGGACCUGGACUCCCUGAAAACCCAUGAGCUCCCCUCCACUGUGAACACAGAGCAGCUCGGCCUCAUCCAGUCCCAGACUGGCUUGGGGGGUCCAGAGGGAGUUCCUGGGGACAGCUCCGCCAACAAGAUGAUUAGGGGUACGGGUGUGGGUGGAGGUUCUGGUCUGGCCGGGCUGACGUCGCCUAUCUUCUGCUCCUCCCGACCCAAGAAGCUGCUGAAGACCAGCUCCUUCCACCUGCUGAAGCAGCGCCGCGACCCGCAGCCGCAGGCCAAGAAGAACUACGCCCAGGAGUACGAGUUUGAGGGCGACGAGGACAAGGCUGAUGUUCCCGCUGACAUCCGCCUGAACAGCCGGCGGCUCCCUGACCUCCUCCCCGACCUGGUGUCCAGCUGCAGGAAGGCUGGAGGAGGAGGGGCCUCGGGGAUGGGCUCCCUCAGCCCUCUGAUGGGUGACCUGGACUUCUGCCACCCGUCCGGCUACCCCUCCCUUGGCCCCCCUCCACAUCUCCUACCCCACGACGGGCCCAAGAAGAGGGGCAGGAAACCAACCAAACCCAAACGUGAAGGGCCACCUCGGCCCAGAGGGCGCCCUCGCAUCCGCCCGCUCCCGGAGCCGCCCUACUGUAGGGGGCUGAUGGGAAAUGUAGGCGGGGAGACCCGCAGGGGUCGAGGGCGGGGUAGGGGGCGUGGCAGGAAGGAGGAAGGGAUGAUAGAGAUGCACCAAGACAUGAACAAAGUUCCCGACCUCCAAUAUCAGCAACAACAACAGCAGUUCCACCAACAACAGCACUUUCAACAACAGCAGCACCAACACCAUCACCUCCAACCGCAGCAAAAUCUACAACCUCAACACCAACAGCAGCAGCACCUACAACACCUUCAUCAACAACAACAAGCACAGCAUCCACAGCACCAUAAAACUUUCAAGCCUAUCAAGAUCAAGCUGCCUAUUCCCUCUGUGUCUCCCUCUGACUCCUUGCUAAGGACAGACUCCCUGUCCAGCACCGACCCGGUUCUCUCUGACGGGUCAGUGGGCUCGGCUCCCUCCCUGGGCCUGAGUCCUGGACCCACUGCUGGGAUGGACAUGACCAUGACCAGGAGCCAGGAGAAGAUGAAGCAGAAAGCUCAAGCCCAGGAGAUGACGUGGGAGAGGGACAUGGAUGAGCAGCUGACCCCAGAGGCUUGGGCUGCCAUGCAGAAGCUCUCCAACACGACAGAGGACAAGCCCCCGGAGCUGAAGUCUAAUUUCAUGGCCUCCUUCCUGGACUUCCUCAAGACGGGGAAGAAGCAGCCUGAAUCUGGACCUGGUGGACCACAAGACCUCGGAGGGCCAGUGGAAGGAGCUGAAACCACAGACUCUUCCUCCCUGAAGGGUAGGAUCCUGUCCCCGUCUCCCCCUCCACCGCCCCCUCCUCCACCCCCUCCGUUUGGGGACAGUAGCGAGGGCGAGGAUGGGCUGAGUCCCUGUAAGCGUCUGGACGACGAGCUGAAGAGGAACCUGGAGACACUGCCGUCCUUCUCCUCCGACGAGGAGGAGGACUCUGUCAGUAAGAACCAGGACCUGCAGAAGAGCAUCUCCUCGGCCAUAUCUGCCCUUUACGACACGCCCCAUUCGCUGGCUGCAGCCGUGGCUCUGCCCCCACCCAGCCCAUCUCCGUCUCAGAGCCCAUCGCUGCCACCAACGCCGCCGCCCGUGGUCCAAAUGCAGGAUGACAUAGCCGAUCUGGAGGAUCAGGACAAUGAAGUAGAGACAAACAUGCAACUUCACAACACACAGGCCAACACACAUCCAAAUACACCAUCCCCAGAACAUGAAGGACUGAAUGGGAUGGACAGAGUGGAUGAACGACAAGAGGAGAUGGAGAAAGAGGAGGAAGAGAAGGAGAUGGAGAAGAAGAGGGUAAAGGAAGAACUGAGUUUAGAGUCUAGGGGUGUGGAGGAAGAAGUAGAGGAGAGAGAAGAGGAGGAGAGAGAGCCUGAGUUUGAAAUGCCGGAUGCUCCUAAAGUGGAAGAUUCUCCAUCCGGGCCUCCCCUACCCCCCUUUCUCCCAUCGCUCUCCUCCCCGUCCCCUCUCACUUCUUCCUCCCCCUCCCCCCUACCUCCCCCACCACUCUCCCCACCCUCCCCUCUGCCCUUCCAGCAUGAGGAUGAUGAAGAGGAGCAGCAGCCGUCCCCCCAACAAACCCACCACCCCCACCACAACCCCUCCACCUCUCCUCCCCCCAGCUCCUCGCCCCUGGCCCUGCCCUCUCCACCCUCCCCUUCCCCUGCAAUGCCCCCCUCCACUACCCCCCCUCCCUCCUCCUCCCCUCCCCUUUCAGAUGCUACAGAGCUGGCCCAGCCUUCCUCCUCGCCCUCCUCUUCCCCACCCUCACCCCCCACCCCUGAGGAUGCUCCAGCCUCCAAGAUCACCUCUCUGCACCUGGCCAAAAAGCAGGACAAUGCGGCCAUUGCUGGAGAGAGCGAGGAGGAGGACAGCGAGAGUGGCGGCGAGGGCAUCUUCCGGGAGAGGGACGAGUUUGUGGUGCGGACUGAGGACAUUGGCACGCUCAAGAUGGCCCUGCAGACCGGCCGUGAGCCACCACCCAUCUGGAGAGUGCAGAAAGCCCUGCUGCAGAAGUUCAGCCCCGAGAUCAAAGACGGACAGAGGCAGUUCUGUGCCACCAGUAAUUAUCUGGGCUACUUUGGUGAUGCCAAGAUGCGGUACCAACGCCUCUAUGUCAAGUUCCUGGAGAAUUUCAAUAAAAAGGAUUAUGUCCGUGUGUGCUCACGUAAACCCUGGCACAGACCUAGACUGAUGUUGAGGCGUCAAUCACUCCCAUCGCUCCCCAAGCCACCUCCCCCUGCCAUCGGUCAAACUCCACCCCGAUUGGAGCGAGAUGAGAGGGAGCGGAAGGAGAAAGAGAAAGAGCAGAAAGAGAGGGAGCAGAAAGAGAGGGAGCAAAAAGAGAGGGAGCAAAAAGAGAGGAGGCAAAAGGGAAAAGAGAAGGAGCAGAAAGAGAAAGCGCAAAAGGAAAAGGAGCAGAAAGAGAAAGAGAGGGAACAAAAGGAGAAAGCGAGAGAUCAAAAGGAGAAAGAUAGAGAGAAAGAGAGGAAACAAAAGGAAAAAGCAAAAGAGAGAGAGCAAAAAGAGAAAGAGAGGGAGCAAAAAGAGAAAGAGAGGGAGCAAAAAGAGAAAGAGAGGGAGCAAAAACAGAAAGAGAGGGAGCAAAAUGAGAAAGCGAGAGAGCAAAAGGACAAAGAGAAGGAGAAAGAGAGGGAGCAAAAGGAGAAAGCAAGAGUGCAGAAAGAGAGGGAGCAAAACGACAAAGCAAGAGAGCAGAAAGAGAAGGAGAGGGAGCAGAAGGAGCGAGAGAGGAGGGAAAAAGAAAAGGAGCGAGAGAGGGAGAGGGAAAAAGAUAAACAGCGAGAGAAGGAGGAGAGAGAAGAAAAAGAGAAGAGGCAUUCACCACCUGAGGAGAAGGUGGAGAGAAGAAGCAGUGAAGUGGAUCGAAAGAGAGUGGGGGAGGAGAAGAGAGGAGGAGGAGAUAAGAAGACAGAGCGCUCAUCGAGGGCCAGGCUAGUGAAGGUGGAGCCUCCACCCAAGAAGAGGAAGAAGUGGCUGAAGGAAGUCCCCUCUGACUCAGACUCCUCCCUCGAUGGGCCCAGCGAAGACCAAGCCCCAGUGAGAGGGGGGAUGAACAGUCGAGCCAUGAGGGAGAUGUUCAGGAGUUACAUAGAGAUGCUGGUCAGUACAGCACUUGACCCCGACAUGAUUCAAGCCCUGGAGGACACAGACGACGAGUUGUACCUCCCGCCCAUGAGGAAGAUUGACAGCCUACUCAAUGAACAAAAGAGGAGACUGUUAAGGAGAGUCAACAUGAGUGGCCAACACCAGGAGACUCUGCAUAUGUUCCCCAAAAUGACAGCGGAUCCCCUGGACUCUGGAGCGGUCAAAGUGCACCUCGGCGGCGAGUGCUACAGCCGUAAAACCCUCAACCGCGUCAAGAAGAGCACCACGCCCAAACAGCAGGACCUCAAGCUGUCCACAGAGACGUGUCGUGUCUAUAGCCUUUAUCAUUCUCUCCAUCACUACAAGUAUCACACCUUUCUGGACUGCAAGAAGGAGACGGACAGUAUAGAGCAGGCAGCGGAAGACCCUGGUCAGGAGGAGGUGGUGCAGCAGUGUAUGGCUAACCAGGGCUGGCUGGAGACCCUCUUCAACUCCUUCAUCGACCUUCUAACCCUCAGCACCAAAGCCUGAUGAGGGAGGAGGGGACACAGUCUGAAAUAGUGCACUACAAUUGGCCAGGGCCAUAGGGCCUAUAUGGAGAAUAGGGUGUCAUUUGGAAAGCAGAAUGUGGGUUGGAGAAGGGAGGGGAGGGGGAGGUAUACAGUAUUUGGGAGACAAAGCAAGAGAGUUGGAGUGGAGAACACUGGACCGUACCAAGAUGGAGAGAGAGGGGGGUUUCAGACCCUACCAUUCUAGUUCUUUCCCAGCGAGAAAGAAAGAACAGUCAAUGUUCGGUCUGUGAGUACGGUUGAGUUUUAACUUAAAAUGGAUGCUACAAUGAACUGUUUUUAGCGCUUUUGUUUAGUUUUUCUAUCACAAAAUAUCUCUUGACUGAAGAAAAAAGAAGGACGGAGGAGGAGAGCAGAGGAGGCGGGUUGAAAAUAGUGACUGUGUGAAAGGGUAUGACUUCUGCCACUUGACCUGAACAGGAGAAGCAGGGGACCACGGUGAAUCUACAUCCAAACAUGCACGGGCACACAUAAUAGUUAUGAUUUGUAUUAUUUAUACAAGGACAUUACCCUCCCUAGCUGGGAUUGUUUGCUGUUGUUAUUUUAAAUAAUCAUGUUUUAUUAGGGUAACAUGAAAUGGCCUACGCAAAAUCCUUUGCUCAGCCCCCCCUUUUACUGCUGAAGGGGAAGAAAGAGUCGAGGGGAGCAAAACUGAGGUGAAGGGAGGGAAGGGGAGAGGUUAGGGGAGUGUGUGAUGUUCCCUUUUUUCUGUCUGCCUAAAUAAAUUGUGAGGUGGAAAGAUGCAUUUAAAAACUAAGCAAACUGUGUUCUUUAUGUUUGUUCUUCAAAAGACAAUGAGAGCAGAGUUUACACCUGAAGUUAAUAAAUUAAAAUAAAUAUCUGUUUGCUUUCUAAAAGAAAGCUAUGUGGUUUUAGGGAGGUGUAACUGUUAAAAAGCGUAUAAAAUCUGUGUUGACUGUUUUUAUUUGAUCUGUUUGUUGUUUAUGAUAAUUAUUAUUUUGGAGGUUUACCUAUUUGUUCAAGCUCUCUUAUCUGUAAAUAUUGUACAGUUACUUCAGUCUCUAAAGCCCAGUUCCUCUUCUGUACAUGCUAUUCCUGUAUUUGACAAAAGCAAAUAAAAAAUUGAAAUUGAUGAACAUGA